CUGAGAACGAAAGCAAGAAACCGGCGCACAACACAUACAAGGUGUUUGUGGCAAACCGUCGCGGAAUCACAGGCGCUUUGAGUCCGUCGUUUCUAUCGGUCUCCGCGAGUUCAUCGUGCCGCAGACCUCUCUGCAUUCAAAAUAGAUAAGAUGAGUUUCUACGACUCCGUGAACGAUGAGAACGAGGAGAAUUUCGUUGUGCACACAAAACGAGACGCUGGUAGCAACGGGAACGGUGGACCAUGGCAGCAACGGUAUUGGGACGUGCAAAACAACGAUGGUCCCAACCGAGGCGCUCGCACAAGCGAUGUCUCGAACACUGCCAGUAGCAAGAAGGAAAGGAGAAGCAACAGCAAGUUGCACCAGUUGCUUGUUCGCUCUCCACGGAACUGCGAAGGACAACAGAACAACACCGUGUCCAGCAAUGGGAAUAGAAAGGUGCUGGCUUCUCAAUCCAAGCCGGUGCUUCCACCUUUGAACCACAAACCCAAUGCCACUUUCAAUUGCAUUGACCGCUAUUCGCCGGUGAUGACAACGAUAAACGGCUCUUCGUAUGCACCGUCUUCCACGUCAAUAGGAACGCUGACAACACAGACAACAAUCGCCUCCUUUGCAACACCGUUCACUACUCCUACCUCGAGGAGGACCCCGAGUUCCACGUCCGUUUAUUCCGCUCUGACGUUUGUCGACGACGAGGAGAUUGAUUUUGGUUUGGUCCACCGGGACCCCAAAAGACUCAACGGCGAUCGAGACGAUGAAGAAUCCCAAUCCGUGCUUUCGAUCAAGUCACCACUGAUUUCGAAACUGCUCAGGGACGAUUUGGGGCGAGUUGACGACGAGAACGGUGGAAAUGGUCUGGAUUUUGGUUCGACGACGAACGUUGACCAAGAGAAAAAACGAAGCCGUCGAGUCAAAAGUUACGAAGCCGAGAGGAACACUCGUGAUCACAGCAUGGCAUCGUCUGCAUGCGAAUGCGCAUGUUCUUGGUCCAUGUGGAUUUGCCUGUGGGUAGUGCUCUUUGCUUUGUCCUCAAGCGACAACGAGAGCUUUGGCAUACACGUCUGGGACCGAAUAUGGCGCGUAACAUCUACGUUUUGGAUACCUGAUGGAGAUUCCGGUCGAGGGCGAGACCAUGUCACCAGCAUUAGGAACCAAUGGAUAGCAGUCCACGUUUUUGUAUUAGGUUCAUUGGGGUUGAUGGGACUAACUUUGGGCAAGUGGGGGAAUGCUGUGAUCAGAGCCUACGAGGUAGCCGUUGCUUCGUCAUCCAUUUUACACGAAGACGAGUGUAUUGUCGAAGCCCAUCCUUAUCAUCUCUCUACCCGAAAGAGAGGACGACAGGAUCAAAUUCGAUCAAGAUCACGACCAAGACAUUCAAAAGGUGGCCCAGUGGCCGACGAAAACCAGGUUCUGUACGGAUCUUUGUCUUCAUCAUCCUUUAAGCAUCAACAGCAUGAUUGCCAUGAUGGUCCAUAUCUGUUCAUACAAAACGAGCAGGAAAAUCGUCGUCAAGCCGACAGCGAGAAGGACGAUUGUUUGGUCCUCUUUCCACACCUUCAGUGGUUGCUCAUUCAAACUAUUGCUCUGACGAUUUUGUCGAUAGUCUGCGCUAAUACCGUUUGGUACCCCGCAGGAAAUCAAGACACUCCACCUUACAACUACUACGAUUUGGCCUCAAAAUUAUCUCAAGAUGAUAUCACUGCUGAGACUAGAGAAGUUGGAGUCAAGGACGGUUACGAUGAACGGGGCUUUGUCUCCAUUACGAAUCCUGCCUUUUGGGCCACGAAAGCACCUGGUACGAAAGAUUCCCUCGCGCCAGUCUCACCGAAGGAAAAACUAAUGACAUUAUUUUCCGUACUCUCGUGCGCAAUGACUUCUUUGUAUUGGGUUGCAUACAUAGCACAAAGAUACAUUCAAAAGUCGCAGCAGGUGCAUCACCAGCGGAAGCAGCAGACAGUAGUGGAAGACGGCAAGUGUGUUGGGUUCGACACCAACCGCUGCAACUUUGAUUCUCAUUCCGGUGAAAUUAUAUUUGUUGAAGACGGCAACAUCAAUCUUUGCCAUCAGACUCCCGUUGCAAAACUCGAGGACGAGGACGAUGAUUCGGCCAUGUGUGUCUUAGCGCCACCAGCAACUCUGGCAGCAAAACACGAGGAGUCACCCUCCUCCCUGGAAGAAUUCUAUGAACGCAAGCUACAACAGAUGGGGUUGGUCGACAUCGAGACAUUUCGGGUUCUGAAAAGGAAAUACGCCCKGCGGCAACAGAAAAAUUUGUGACGGGCAACGAGAGAUCUACGAAAUUCAGUUGAGCAUGAUCGGUUACUUCCUUCCUUGGUACUGUUGCUCCUGACUUUCCAGAACUAAAAUUGCGGAAUAGUU